AAUAAACAAACAGGUACAAGAAAUGGGGCAACUACAAACAGGGCAUCUACCAACCGUAUUUAACGGCCUGCGUCCUACCUCCGAAAUAUCGCGAUCUGACGCCCCAAUCGGUGUCGCUGGUCGAACGGCAAUGCGACAACGCCACCAACAAUUUGCGAAUAAUCUUCGAGAAACCGGCCGACGAGAGAAAGGACUUCGCCGUUUGCGUGAAAGGAUUGGAUUUCCUGCACGAGGACCUGUCGGUGCGAUUGGUCGAAUGGAUCGAAUUGUUGAAUCUGUUGGGCGCCGAUAAGGUUUAUUUCUACGAGUUGCAGGUGCAUCCGAACAUCAGUAAGGUGUUGAAGCACUACGAGACGGAGGGGAAGGUUCACGUGACGCCAAUUAAUCUAGCAGGCGGGCAACCGAACGCGCCAUCUUUCCAGCAUCUCUAUCUAACGAAAAAGACGAAUCACAAGCGACAAAACGAGCUGAUACCCUACAACGAUUGUUUCUACAAGCACAUGUACAAGUACAAGUACAUAAUACUAUUGGACAUAGACGAGGUGAUCAUGCCGUUGGACGGUACCACUUGGAAGGGAUUAAUGGAGAAAGUACUACCGAAGGCUUUGAAGAUAAACAAAGAGGAAAGGGCCUCGUACAACGUGAGAAACGUGUACUUUUUGGACGAUCUCAUCCACAAUCACGGCUGGUUUAAGGAAAUACCGAGGUACAUGCACAUGCUGCAGCACGUCUACCGCACCAAGAACUUCACCAAACCGGGCCAGUACGUCAAGUGCUUCCACAACACCGACAAGGUGCUCACGUUGCACAAUCACUUCCCGCUCAGCUGCCUCGGCAGCGGCUGCACCAGCUACCCCAUCGAGACGGGCGACGCGCAGCUCCAUCACUAUCGCGCCGAUUGCGUCAAGACGCUGAAGAAGAGCUGCGAGGAGUUCAGGAAGACCAGCGUGAUGGACACCGCCGUGUGGAGGUUCAAGGAGCCGCUGGUGAACCGGGUGACGAAGACGCUGAGGGUCCUGGGGUUCUUCGGGGACGCGCAGAAUUCGGUGAAAUGAACGAUUGG